GGAUGUGUGGGGGGCUCUGAUUUUUUAAGGAGGUCUGGUGAUACGUUGUAUUCAUGUAACAGGAAUGUUUGAAUGUCAAAAACAGACAUAUUGGACUUGCAUUACAUUGCAGGCUUAACAUUUUAUUCAUAAUAAUCUCCUUCUUUCACUCUUUCUUCUUCUUUAUUUUAUUUUUUUUCGCGCCUAAAUGAACAACAUGUUACCGCCUUUUCAUUUUCCUAAUGGAAAACCAUCUAUGAAACAUGAUGAACAUAUUUUAAAUACAAUUACAACGGUAAAACAAUUAUACAACUAUCGUCCAUAUUUAUCUGAAUCACAAUUUAUACCGAUUUCUAAAGCAUGUGGGUUACCUCGAUAUUUAAACAUGGCUUUCUUUCGUAAACUGGAAUCAAUUGGAAAAAUGGACAUGAAAGUUACAUUUUCUGCAUUUAUAGAGGGUUGGACGAGUAUGGCAAGAUACAAAUUUGACGACGAAUCGCUGUUUUUUAACGUUCUGCGAAAGACAAACUGCAAUUGGAUUUCUCCUGAAGACCUUUUACCAGUAUUAGAAGAUGUUGUCCUAAAUCAUCCUGGGCUCAAAUUUUUAGGUGACAACCCAUUAUUUCAAGAAAGAUAUAUUGAAACCGUUAUUUGCAGAAUAUAUUAUGACGGAAGAUGCGCAAAUGGCCGAAUGACUAUAUCACAUUUCCGUAAAUCUAACUUUACAAAGAUGAUAAACAAUCUUGGUCCCCAUAUCGAUCUUAACAAUACUCGCGAUUGCUUUUCAUACAAGCAUUUUUAUGUUCUUUAUUGCAAAUUUUGGGUCCUAGACGAAGAUCAUGAUCUAAUUAUCUCCGAAAACGAUCUUCUAAACUAUAACGACGGGCUUCUAUCUCCACAAAUAACAAAGCAGAUCAUGCAGCAUGGCCGCAUACCGGCUUUUGCAAGAGAAAAUCAGCCCCCACAUUCGUCGAUGAUGACAGACAAGACGUUGACAUAUCUAGAUUAUAUAUGGUUCUUGUUGUCAGAAACCGACAAAAGCACACCAGUCGCUAUAGAGUACUGGUUUCGGUGCAUGGAUGAAGACGGAGAUGGUAUCAUUACCACCUACGAUUUGUCUGAACAUUGGAAGGAGCAAGACAAAAAACUUCAGGAUAUUAUUGAAUCAUAUAGUGACGAAUGUAUUCGAUUUGACGAUUUAAUAUGCCAAAUGAAUGAUUUAAUUCAGCCAGAGGUCCCAGGCCAAUUUCGCUUAAGUGAUUUAAAGCGCAAUGGGAUUAUAGCUGAACGAUUCUUUGAUACUUUCUUGAAUAUUGAAAAGUUUCAAAUUCACGAUACCUAUCAAGGGUUAAUCCGUUCCAUCCAACAACUGGAAAGAGAAAAGAGAAGACUGUACGAACUUGAGAAAAAGAAAACUGUUGACUCCAAACAAAAUUUGGCUUCCUUGGUUGGUCAUACAGAUGACACGAUAGUCAUUGUAGUAAAAGAUCAAGAGUCAUCGACAAACGAGGAAGAGCAAUUAAGACAGUAUCGACAACAUCAGCGAUCCCAACAACCUUUCUCUUUGGGUGUCUGGUGUGAAUAUGCCGAAAAAGAAUAUGAUUUAUUAAUAUUGAGUGAACAGUGUAGUUCUGUUGAUUCAGAUUGGUCUAUAAGAAAUAAUGAACUGGAAGAAGAAGAAGAAGAAGAAGCAUUACAUCAGAUCGCCUUAGAAAACGGCAUAUUGUCGCUAGGGGAGCAAGAAGUAAAUGUAUUGAUAAGUCCUAUUAUUCCUGAUGUGCCAGAAUCAAGAUUAAGUGAUGAAGAAGUAGAAUCGCCCAUGCAAGAAAGCAGUGAUGAUCAUGAAAGUGAUUCAAGCGCCCCUUCUACCCCUGUUAUGCAAGAUAUAGUCGAUGAGAAAAAAUGGCUAGACAACGAUGGUCAAAAGGUAACAGAUGAUAAGUCAAGCUGGAUCUGGCAUUCAGCAGUUAAUAAUGAAUAAUAUAUUUGCUCUUUUUUGUGAUAAAAACCUAAAUUUUAAAAAUAAAUCCC